GAGAGAACCACAGGGUCUGUCUGUGUCUAGCUACUCCAUAGCCAACCCCUGGUGUUCUUUACAACUGAACCCUACCGCUUCUGUGCUGGGAGAGGCCUUGCCAAGUCCAUCUCUCCAGCCCUUGGAUUUUUAAAUACGAAUCGCCUCCAUGUUAAAAUGGGAGCAGUCAGGGAGCUCAAGCCUCCAUUUAGGUUUUGUAAAUAUAUAUUUACCAACAAGCAUCAGGAGAAACACUUGUAUGUAUAUGGGGAAAAAACCAGCCUUUGCAAGCCAAACAUUGCAGCAGAGUGUUAGUGUCUGAAAAUCAGAAAGGGAAACUGACCAAGGGCAAGGGAAGUCCUUGCUGUGUUUAAAUAGGAGACUUUGACAAGUGUCCCUUGAAUUUCUGGCGGCCCUAGCAGCUGUUCUGGGGCCGGUUUCCCCGGGAGGUGGCUGGAUGACUGGGAACCAGCAGAUGGAGCUCCGCUUGCAAGGCACCUUUCCCUUCCCUCGCCUUUGUGCUCCCUUUGUGCAUGCUGUGACCCCAGCCGCGGCUCCGCCAGUUUACUUCCUGCGGAGGCCGGGCUCUGAAUUUGAAAAUGCAGGAGUCGCUGCUACUGUUGCUGUACCUGGUGAUGAAGGGGAGGGCCGGCCCCCAGCGGGAGAUGGCUGGCCGCGGGGAUGAGACGCAGAGGACAGCCUGGCUUCGGCAGUACUACACGCAGAGACAGAAGAGACUGAUGACGCACUGCAAAGCCCUCCAGCCUGCACUUUCACCAGAGAUCUCAAAACGCUUUACAAAGGAGCUGCUGAUUGCCCGCCGGAGGAGAUCCAGCUGUUAUUUCCACCCCCGCGCAUGGCCCAGCUUCCGGAAUGCUGACUGGUGGGAACGGGUGGUCCUGAAAGACUUCCAGCCACGGGACUGGCUGGAGAAAUUCCGAAUGUCCAAGGAGACCUUCUUCUAUGUCUGCAACCAGCUGCGACCCAAGCUGUCCCACCCGAGUACCCUGCCUCUGGAACAGCGGGUAGCUGUGGCCGUUUGGCACCUGGCCACCAACGUAGAGUACCAGAUAAUCAGCCCCCUCUUUGGGGUGGGUCCCUCCACAGUGCAGAACUGUGUCAAGGAGGUCAGCUAUGCCAUUGUGCUGCUGCUGAAGCCCCUCUACCUCCGGCUGCCCAGUGAGCCGGAGCUGGAGAACAUGGUGCGGAUCUUCAGUGCCCGCUGGGGAUUCCCACACUGCAUCGGUGCCUUGGACAGUCUCCAUGUCCCCAUCCACGCCCCUAUGCACCUCGGUGCUGACUACUGCAACAGCCAGGGCUGGCAUUCUGUCCUCACACAGGUGACGGUGGAUGGGCUGGGUCAGUUCUGGGACAUCUGCGCCGGCUUCCCUGGCAGCAUGGAGAACAACACAGUUCUGGAAAACUCCAGCUUGUGGGUGUUAGCCAGGGAGGGCCGCCUCUUCCCAACCCCUCCGAAACAUUUCAUGGGGAGGGCACAAAAAUACGUCCUGUUGGGAGACGCCUCUUACCCGCUGCGGGACUGGAUCCUCAAGCCUUACCCAGAAGACGGCACCCUCACACCACAGCAGCUCCAGUUCAACUAUCGCCUGAAGCGAGCUCACAGCGUGAUCGAGAAUGCGUUCCUACGCCUCAAGGCCCGGUGGCAGUUCCUCCUGAAAUGCGACGACUGCAGCCUGGACCUACUGCCCACAGUCAUACUCGCCUGUUGCACCCUGCACAACGUGUGCGAGGCUCAUGACAGCCCCUUCAAUGAUGAAUGGCUGGAGGUGAUAGAACCCGCUGAGUUCUCAAAGCCCUGCCAGUCUGCGCCCAUGUCCAUGGACGACAGCAAUGCCGAGGAAGUGCGAGAGCUGAUGUGCAAAUACUUUGAAAGCUAUGGAGAAGGCUGAUUGCUACAAAGCAAUGCCGCAUGCUUUCUAGCUCUCAAACUUUCAGUAACUCUAGUACACCUAACAUUGCCCCAGCAAUCAAAGGCCACUGAAUGGGGUCUGUGUGCUGUCACGUACUGCAAAGCCUUUUCUGUGGAAUAAAGGCGGCUCGGGGGAUUGGUAAGGAGCCAGCCCUUCCCAGCUCAGCCACCAGUUCCAGUCCAGAGGAGGUCGGCCAUGUUGUGCGAAAGCAGUCUUUGCCUUGGUGCUGUCGGGCAAUGGGAUGGAUUUCAUGCCUUUGUAAUUUGCCAGGGUUUAGAUGAUCUUAUGACAUGGUUUGUGAGAUGUAAAUAAAACAGGGGGUCUAGGUUUGGA